UCACGACAUUUAAUGGCGGCCCCCAUGAAAUUGCGAGUAAGUAAUAACAGGAAAUCAAGGUGACGUUUUAGCCUACGAGGGACUUACACAACACCGACGCGACUCAAAACUGUAACAGAUGCUCUGGUUUGCUUGUUGAAGAAGGGAGCGUGAACUGUAACAAUGCUGUACUGUCCAGUCAACGUCACCUUGAAUGAUGUCUGGAUCCACAACGGCCUGUCGCAGUGCUUCAUUGACACUGUGGUGCCACCACUCAUUCUGGGACUCAUGGUUGUGGCCGGUGGCAUACAGUGGGGGAUUUAUAGGAAAUAUGCUACGCCGUUAGACGUCCGGCUACUCCAGCGCAAGGCCGGUUACCGGAUCCAUAUUUCUCUGAUGCUCACCCUUGCAAUGCUGACAUGGGUACGCGUAUGUACGCUGUUUGUCUGGGGCACUCCGAUGGGACACCACUUUGUGUGGGCGGCUUGUCUCUUCCCAGCGUGGAUUGCUGCGGCUGCGCUGACGUCGUUGGAGAGGCACUGGGCCCUUCCCAGCAUUCCAACUUAUGGCCAUGGCCUUCCCCUGCUGCUCUUCUGGUCAGCAAGUCUCAUCCUGGAAGUGCUGUCUUUUAUGGGACUCAACAGUCCAUCAUGGUGGUUUCUCUUGCACGUAGACAGAGACAGUGCUGAGACAACCUUCUUUGCGGUGCGAUUCUUCCUCACCCUGGCAGUGUUCAUCUUUGGACUGGUGGCGCCCUCGGUCCCAAAGUCGAGCGACUAUGUGCAGUUCUGCCAGUUCCCAUCACCAGAGCGGGAGCCACUACUAGAGCAUGCAGAAGAAGGUGCCAGCACGUUCAGAGGAUUCUGCGGGAAACUGCGGCUACUCCUUCCAUUCUUAUGGCCUAGGAGAAAAAGCCUCCUGCAAUUCCUUGUCAUCUGCUGCUUUAUCAUCCUUGUUUCCGGACGUGCUAUUAACAUAUUCAUUCCGGUGUUCAACAAAAAAGUUGUUGACAGUCUGAAAGAUGAAGGCCAUAUGACUUUUCCGUGGAUAUAUAUCCUUCUCUACGUGCUCCUCUGGACUCUUCAGGGCCAAGGGUCAAGCAGUCUACUGUACAACCUGAGGUCAUUUCUCUGGAUUCCCGUGCAGCAGUACACAGUCCGAGAGGUUCAAGUGGAGCUCUACACACACUUACACGGGUUGUCUCUAAGGUGGCAUUUGGGAAGGAAAACUGGAGAAGUCCUAAAAAUUCUUGACAGAGGAACAUCCAGUGUUACGCAACUGCUCAGCUACAUCCUGUUCAACAUUCUGCCCGCCAUCGCGGACAUUCUGAUAGCAGUUGUCUACUUUGUUGGCUUCUUCAACCCAUGGUUUGGGCUAAUAAUCUUCGUUACCAUGGCAGUUUACUUAGCAUCAACAAUCACUCUCACCGAGUGGAGGACAAAGUACCGCCGCGACAUGAACCUGUUGGACAAUGCUGCCACGGCUAAAGGAGUAGACGCUCUGCUUAAUUUUGAAACGGUAAAAUACUACAAUGCUGAAGAAUACGAAGUACAGGGUUACAAGGAGUGUGUGGAAAAGUUUCAAGUGGCAGAAUGGCGUACGAACGCCUCUUUGAACCUGCUAAACAUCAUUCAAACGGUUGUGAUCUCCUUGGGUACUCUAACGGGAACUUUGUUGUGUGCCCACAUGGUGGUGACACAUCAAAGUGGACUGACCGUAGGAGACUAUGUUCUGUUUCUCACCUACAUCAUGCAGCUCUAUCAGCCUCUCAACUUCCUUGGCACAUAUUACCGCAUGAUACAAAGGUCGUUCAUCGACAUGGAGAACAUGUUCGAAUUACUCAGCAUCAGGCCGGAGGUUGUCGACGCAGUGAACGCACCGACGUUAAAAGUCACUAAAGGUGUGAUCAAAGUGGACAAAGUGUGUUUUUCCUAUGAGCCUGAGCGUCCCAUUCUGAAAAACAUCUCCUUUGAUGUGCCAGCUGGGAGAACUAUGGCCAUCGUGGGGCCCUCAGGGGCAGGGAAGAGUACAAUAAUUCGACUCCUGCUACGCCUGUACAAUGUGCAAAGCGGAAAUAUCUACAUUGAUGACCAAGACAUUGCUACGGUGAAACAGCGCUCGCUCCGACAAGCCAUCGGUAUUGUUCCUCAAGACACGGUGCUUUUUAACAACGACAUCAGGUACAACAUCCGUUACGGCCGGGUAGAUGCGAGCGACACCGAAGUUGAGGACGCGGCACGCGCGGCAGAGCUGCACGACCAGAUCCAGGGCUUCCCUCAGGGUUACAACACCAUCGUAGGUGAAAGAGGACUGAAGUUGUCUGGUGGAGAAAAACAACGAGUCGCCAUUGCUCGCACCAUACUGAAGGCACCUGCCAUCAUACUGCUUGAUGAGGCUACGUCAUCUCUCGAUACAAAGACUGAGCGAAACAUCCAGGCAUCCCUUGACAGGAUUUGCAGCAAUAGGACAACGCUCAUUGUAGCACACAGGCUAUCGACUGUGAUUCAUGCGGACCAGAUCUUAGUUCUUCGUGAGGGAGAGAUUACAGAAGCUGGAAGUCACGAGGAACUACUUGAACUGGGUGGACUUUAUGCUGAAAUGUGGAGCCAACAACAGAGAAAAGGAGAGGUACUGCCGGAUGAAGGUAUCGAAGAGUCAUGAGUGAGUGAGUGAGAUUGGGAAAGGGAAGGACUGAAAUGAGUGUGUUUCAAAACUGUUAUAGUAUUUUUCGUCCUUUUGUUACGUUGAGACUCUUCUGGAGUUUUGUACAUGUUGCUUUUACAAGCUUGUGAGUGGUGGCAUAUUUUUAGUUAUGUCACAUGAAUUGUGUGUUAACGAUUCUGUAGUGAUUUUGAGAACUCUUACGUUGUGUGUACAUCAAUAAACAAUGUUUAAUGGAAGACAAAGGAAUGUGCACGUGGUGAGAUUCAGCAACGAUCCUUACAUCUUCUCAAAACACUCGUGUAGGCUUCUCCACACUGACAGUGCCUGAAAUGGUUAGUCAAGUAUCGUUAUUACUAUAUUGUUAUUGCCACCUAAUGGGUAUGAAUAAAUGGGUAAUGCACAUUUCACCCCACCUCAGCUUUUCCUUAAUCCAUGUUGUAAAUCUAAGAAUUGUUGCAGUUGCCACUGGCUGUUUGUGUUUCACCAUACUAUAUGUACAUACUUUUUCUAACUACUAUAAGGGUUCAGUAUUAUUUACAGUUUCAUUCAUUAUAAUGCCCCUUGCAUUAUGAUUUCUUAAAUGUCAAUCAUCACCGUUCAGCACACGUGAAUUUUAAAGCUUUAUCUCUCUUCAUAUUUUAUUUCUACUAAAACUGUUUCCUUCUCAAAGUGGCUAUGGACAUCAGUUCUGAAAAUGUACUGCCCACUUGCACUUUUGUAGUAAACAGCAUACUGGCCAUUCUCUACGA